CUUGACAGUGAUGUGGUAGAGGUACGUGCAGAACAACUUCAUGCCUAUCAACCUGACGGUGAACGUUCUGCAUGCAAAGGUAGACUACUGUGUCGUAUGACUGUCAAACAAACUCAACAAAAUUGCAAUCAUGUUCUUCAGUAG